AUGGCACAAAGAAGAGUUAGAAAAAGGGUUUACGCUAUUCCUCGUGCUCCUGACGGAAGUGCUUUUUUCAACUGUGGAAAAUGUGGAGUUUCUGUUGCUAUUUCUUUGGCUGAUAUGCAUCUUUGUGAAUCCGAUAAAAUCCAUUACAAUUUUUUUCAACCAGAACCACCUCUUGAAAUCUACGAUCUACCACGUUCGCCUUUCCGUCUUUUUAUGGAAAGUUUUUCUAGAGGUAAAGAAAUGGAAAGUUAUUUUGAAGUUGAGAGAUUGGGCUUUGAAAUGUGGCAAAAUAUGACUGAGAUGGACAAGUUACCAUAUACCUCACAUGCUAAUUUGUUGGACGAUUAUCACCGACGAGCUUUGAAGCGCGAGGCUAAUGAGAUUAUAAAGAUAAACUAUGGAGCUGAGUCACUAUUGGUUGAGAAUUUUGAGAAGCCUCAAAGAACUUUAGAGAAAUCUAAGACGACUCCAAAGCAUGGGUUUUUAUACAGGGAUCAUGGAGUCUAUUACGCUUGGUUAUCUUGCGGUGAAUUAUCAUAA